UACUCCUAUAUGUUGGGUAUAGGCUGGUCUAAGUUAACAUUAAAUGAAUUAAAAGACUUGAAAUGCUACAGCAAGAGUGGAGUAAGGGAUGAUGAAGAUUUGGAUAACAUUAUCGAAGUACUCAGAAUUGAUGCAGAUGAAAGGAAUUGGAAUAAUGGAAGGGAUGCUGACCUUAAGUUGGAUGACAUGCAUAAGGCGAAACAAAUAAUAGUUAAUAUGUUUCUGUUGGCAUUGGGUAAAAUUGAAAUGAAGAUGGAAAGAAAUUUUUCUGCUCUAUAUAGAAAAAUAGAGGAGUGUGAUUUAUUGGAUGAAGCAUGGCCCAAGGUUAGCUUGUCAAAGCCACAGGAUCAACACGAGUAUGAUUUCUUGGUAAAAAUUAGCAAACGUUUGGACAAAGCAAUAAAAGUAGUACCAAUGGCUAAUAAAAAAGACUUUGAUACAGCUACACUAAGGUUGGCAGAUAAUAAGGGUUGGAGUACAGCAUUACAGAUAGUUGGAAGCAUAAGAGGAAAAGAUAUUCUUCACCUUCGACUGAUUCAGAAAGAGAUGAAAGUCAUAAGGAUAAAAGGAGAUAUAAUAGAAGCUUUUAAUCCUUUUGUAACAGAAGAGCCUUUAGGUUUCCAGAAUGUAAAGGAGUCUUUAACUGCUUCAACUAUAGAGGCCUUGGUCACAUCGCCUUCAGCUGCCCUUCUACAGGUUCUUGAGCCACCACCAAGCCAAAGAAUGAAGAAUGACCACACUUGGACCCUAUUCUUAGAAGAUUGUCUAAGAAAAAAAGGUUGUGGCAACUAUAAUCAUUCCAAAAUGGAUGUCAGCAGAGUGGUGGCCAAUGUUAAUAUAUAUGACAAUAGAUAUGUUGCUCCUGUCUCCAGUUCAGGUUUUAUUUAUCAAAAAAAUUUCAGGAGAAAUGAAAUCAUGAAGAAACCUGAAUUGACAGUUUGUGGCAGCAAGAAUAGGUUAGUAAAAAUGCUGUUGGCUAAAGCACAGACUUUAAGUAAAAAAACAGUAUUAGAUAGUUGGAAUAAGCAACUAGACAAGGCAUGGAAUGUGUAUAAAGAUUUCUGUAAAGUUAUGAAUUUGAAAGCAUUUCCAUCUAAAGUUGAUAUAUUGGUAUCUUUUAUUGUUUGGUUAGAUUUAACCCAGUCAAUUUCAGGUUGUAUAGAUGUUCUAGCAGCAGUUUCAAGAGCAUAUCUUGAAGUCCAGCUUACAGAUCCAUCCAAGGAAUAUAGAGUUAAGAGGGUUUAUAGAACACUGUUAAAGGAUUAUAGAAAGGCUAAAGACCCAAACUGGCCUUGUGAUCCUUUAACAGUAGCUGCCUUAAAUCUAAAACUUAAAGAUAUUAAGUUUGGAGAAAAACUGUUUUGGGUUCAUAUAAGUCCAUCCAAGACAGAUCAAUUUGCCAAUGGAAAAUUUAUUUCGAUAGAAUAUUCAAAUAGUAAAUAUUGUCCAAAGCAGAGUACAGUUGUCAGUGCCAUUGUCAAGAGAAUUGCAGAGAAUGCAGGCCUCCAAGGAAGAUUCACUGCUCAUAGCAUUAGAAUAGGGGGUGCUACAGCAGCAAUGGAGGCUGAUAUGUCAUUAGCACAAAUUCAAGCCAUAAGAGGAUGGGACAGUAAAUCAGUUAUGCUAUAUCUGAGAACUGUGGGCACGACAAACUUAAUGUUUUCAAAGAAAAUGGGGUUUUAA